AUGCCCCCGAAAAAGAAGCAGACCGGCCCAAAUGCCAAGCGUGAACCCCUAGUGAAGCCAGACCAGGCCCAAGCCGAUACCGAACAACCCGAUCAAUCCGUUGACCAAUUUGCCCAACGCCUUGAGAACGAUUCGGACUCUGAUGAUACUGAAAUCAUCAGCCAACAGCCCACCGCUCAGGCCCCAACUGGCAAUCUGCCAAAAAAAUUGGCUACCGAGGCAGAGACCGCGUUCGGUAAUGACAAGGUGCCGCUAUCGGAUGCCGAGCGCGAGCUGUUGAAAGAAGAACUUAAAAAGACCGAAGAUGAAAUCGCUACCCUUAAGCAAGUGCUUUUGGCCAGACAAAAGCACUCCUCGGAGUUGAAGCGGAAAUUGGGUCUCAGUCCGCUCACCGAGCUGACCCAGGAUAUUAACAAGACCUUGAAGGGAGUCACGGAGACCGAUGCGUUCAAGACGACCUCCGAGGUAGCUGGAGCGGCCGCUGACAGCGUGAAGACCAAGUGGAACGACAUGCGCAACUCCAGCCUAUUCAAAUCAUUUGAGAGCAAAUUAGGAACGGCUUAUACUAGCGCUAAAAUGGCCGCCUCGACAUCGAUAGAUCAUCUGUCUGGCCAGGCUCGAGGAUCGCAGGCAACAACACCUUCCGGCGAGCAUCCCACUUCACCUAUGCAG